AUGCCUCCCUACAGCAACCGCUUCGCGUUCCUAUACUGCGAGCUUUUCGUUAAGCCUAAAACAUAUGGCCAGGACCUUCCCGAGGAGCACCGCGAAUGCGGUAUAUGCCUCGAGACCAUCGAAGAUGCGAGCCUUGCGGUUCGCAACUGCCCGACUGCGCCCCGGCAGCACAACUUCCACCUACUCUGUCAGGUCAAGUGGCUGUCUUAUUGGCCAAGAGGAUCGGACGGUCCAAACCGUACUUGCCCUACGUGCAGCACCGAGCUGUACAGAAAGGACGACUUCCCCGUAGAACGUGCCCCUAGCGAGGAGACCGCUAGGCGCCUCGCUGAUAUCGAUAACGCCUGGGAGGAGCUGCUAACUGCAGCUACCGAGCGGUUCCCGCCUACGCCCGAGGACAAGGGCUACAUUGAUGAGCAGGCUGCUCUUCGCACGAACGAAAACAUCUACCGCGACAGCGGUGACUUCACGGUUUUCUUCGAAGGUCUACUCCUUAUUACCGUACUAGUCUACCCCGAUAGAAUCGAGACUAGACGUGCGGUUGCGUAUCUUAGAGACGAUGGAAACGAGGAAUUCCCCUUUCCCAAGGGUAAUGCCUAUCUAGAAUCGAUACGGGACCUUGAUUCGCACCUUGCUUGGGUGAACGACUUGCAAAGGGGGCUUGGCUUGACGUUCUAA